AUGGCCAGGCCACGUCGUGUGGGCACCAGUUGCAGGUGUGGCCUUCUUCUGUUGCUGUGUCCGGCUCUGUUCGCCUUCGUUCAAUUCCGGCCAGCACGCCCUGCGACUCGAGUUGCAGCUGCGGCGGAGUCUCGUACGGUUGCUGAAGACAAGGAGAUUUCGGACAAGCUUGAUGAAGUCCUGAAGAAAAGAGGUCUGAAGAAGGACGCCAGCCCGGAGGAAGAUGACGCCAGCUCUUUGUCGGAGAGCGCCCAAAAGGCUGUGGACAAGGCCACGGGGAAGAAGCUGAAGCGGCGCGAGCUCAAGGCCCCGAAGAAGAAGUCCAGAUCCAUUGUCAAGAAAAGCUUGGAUGAGGUGCUGAAGUCUGCCAGCGACGACGACGAGCGACCAAACUUUCUGCCAGCCAAGCGGGACGUUUACAAAGAGGUUGGCAUCACAAGACAGGAGGUGGAGAGGUAUUGGAAGCGUCGUGAUGAAAGUUCCAAGAACUUCGUUGACAAGUUUGUGGGACCGUACUUUCUCAUCAUUCCAGUGUUGGUCUUGAUCAUCUUGUACUUGAUCUACGACUCCUAUGCCAAUCCCCAGGAGUUCGUCACCGCGUCAAUGACUGGACUCGACUAG